AUGGGUAUUGAAGGAUCUUGAAUAUUAGCCACUGGCAAAUCUAUGGCAUCUGAGAUCGAUUUCAAAUAUGCCCUCAUCGGGACCGCACUGGGUGUUGCCAUCUCCGUAGGCUUCCUGGCGCUGAAGAUCUGCAUGGUCCGGAAGCACCUGUCAGAUGAGGACUCCGCUGACCUGAAGAACAUAGCCCCAGGCAUCCCUGACCCGUUUGUGCAGAGGAAGAAGAGGAGCUUGUCACUGAGAGAGGCCCAGGUGAUUGAACUGUGACAAGUGACCAUGGAAGAAGAAGUCCAACUGUCCUAACAGUCACCCACAUUCCAGUUUUGGGAUGCCUUCAUUCAAAUGUCCAAGGCUGGUGAAGGUGCCCCAUGGAGACUCCAUGUGAGAGGCAAAUGACAGCGCUAAAAGACUCAAAUUUGUAGCACCUCUGCCCUCCCAGGAGUGACUGCUCCUCACCUGCAGGAAGAAGGCUGCGCAGAGGGAGGACAUUAGCCAGCUGUAGGCAGAGAUGGGAACUGGCAAAUCCAUAGCACCUGACCUGGUGCGCCUGCCAGAGCUGUUCCUGAAUCUGCCCCUACAGUGGCUCUCAGGAAUGGGACCCAGAAGAGGCACAACCUCUUUGGCACCCCAACUUAGCAGCAUUUUGUAGCUCUUUCUGAAAACACCUCCUUCACUCCUUAGCUGCCAGAACCACACAUUACAGAAGGAGCCUGUGCACAGUGAGGGGAAUAUGGAACCUGGGAGCAUGGUCGCUGGGCCACAGCUGCCAAGGGGAAAGGCAUCCUGGUCACAGAAAGGACAAGGGCCCUCGGUGGCCAUGGCCUGGCCUGUGGCUCUGUAGCUCCUCACAUGGAGGACUCAACAAAGUGUCAAGUAAGAAAGCGAAUGCUGUGCUUCUGCAGAGCUCUACAAGGCAAGAUGCUUUUGCAUCCCCAUGUGGUGCUGCUGGGCAGACUGUCGCAUAUGCAUGGCACAUGCAUGAAAGCCAUGACUAGCAGGGGUCCAGGAAACCUGCAUCGUCUAUUUUCGUCCUUGGUCCGAGCUUGCUUUCACCUCUCUUUGCAAAAUCACAUUUCUAAGGCUGCGUGAUGGACGGCUCUUCAGCUCUGCAGAAGUCAGUGUGGCUGCGUGGGCUGGUUUUCCUCGGAUGGGUGCCCUCUUUGUGCAUGACGCCAGAUGAGCUAUAUUUCAACACAAGAUGCUACAUCAUAAUCAUCUGCCUGGAUUCCCUGGGCAUCUUUUACCUGACUUGAUAACAAUGUUCUUCAUUAGCAGCCUUUGUUAACUGAUAACCUGAAGCAGUA